CAAGUAAGGUCCCCCAAUUCAAAACCCUAGUUGCCGCCAAACGUGUUGGCUCGUUGGCGCCAGAUCUAAACCAAAUAUAUUACCGCCAUCGUCUCCACCCCUAAUCCAACCACAUCUGCUAUUCUUCCAUCUGCAUCUGCAUCUGAAUCUAACUUUUAGCGUCAAGGAAAAACGAUCUGGAAUUAAGGUGUCUUUCUUCGGACUUAACAAUUACAUCACACAUAGAGUUUGAAUCAACACUCUGAAUUGUGUGUUGUGUUGGUUGCCAGUAAAUCAAUAAUGACUUUAAGAGGCUGCAGUUCUUCUCAUUUUAUCUGGUGUAUAAAAGACGGUGAGGUGAUAAACGUUCCCAACAUGGAUUCACAUGGAAGACCAAGCCCCAACUUCAAAAAACUAGAAGAAUUAUAUCAACACACAGAUGCCGAUUAUACAUCCGUGCAUCUGGCAGAGAGAGAAACAAGAGAAAGUAACAGUUAUGUUGAGGAGCAUGAAUCCAACGUUCCAUCAAAAGAAAACACUUUUGAGGAACUGACAUUGUCACAAAUCAAGAAAAAGCUUAAAAGAAAGAAAAGGAAGUCUUUAAAAUCUAUUCUUCUGACCGCAAAAACAGAGGUUGAUGAUUUUGAUCUCGCUGAACCACUGUGUAAAAUUAGAGCCAAGGUUUCAAAGAGUCCACAGUCCAAAAGGGUGUCUGCUAAUGGAAACCCUCCAUCUUCGAACAUGGCCCAGUUAGUUACAUCUGAAUUAAGUAAAGAUUUUGUAACUGUUAAAGUCAAAGUUGAAGCUCCCGACGUUGACUAUUUUGAAAGCGGUUAUGAUUUGAAGAGAGAGAAAUCAGAAUCGUUUACAAACGAAGGGGAAACAUGUGAAUUCAAUGAAGCUUUCUGUGAUAUGGAGAUGGAUGAUGAAGAAACUAUAGCAGAUGUCAGCCAACCACUAUCAGUUUUAAGCUCUCCGGCAAAUGAUUAUUUACAUAAAGAUCCGGCAUUAAAGUCAACUGAUGCCUCUCAAAGUCAAUUCUACAUCCAGCUGACACCUGAGCAAGCUAGUGAUGUCUCUGCUGCUCAAAAUUCAGAGCUAACAACUGAUGAUGAUGACCAUGAUGUUGUUGUCGUGUCAAUGGAAGUCAAACCGCCUGUUUCUGAGGAAGAUGAAAAAUGUGAACUUAAUGAAUCUUUUUUUGAUAGUUUGGAUGACAUCGAGAACAUGGAGAUGGAUAACGAAGAAGAAACUAUAGCAAAUGUCAACCAAUCGCCAUCAGUUCAGCAGGCUGUUCAAGAUUCAUCUUCCAGAAUUGAUGAUGAGCGCAAUGAAGAUGUGGGCUCCAUGGAGGCCAAAUCACCUGUAUCUAAAGAGAAUAUAGAUUUAACAUCAAUGAAUAGCGAUGCUGAUUCAGUUUCUUUUAAUUCCGAUAACAUAUCUUUAGUUUCCGAUGAUGUUUCUAUUCAUCGGGAGCUGAUAUCCACUGUCCCUGCAAAUGCCGAUUCAGAAGUGAAGUUGGACAACAAUGAUAAACCCAGUGUCGUGAGUGACACAUCGGAGAUUCGACAAACUGAGAGGCUUCCUUUGACAAGAAAGUUCAUUUCUCCGAACUCUCAGGAAAAACUAUGUCAGGCAAUGAAAUCUGCAGAGUCAUUAGAUGAGAUCGAUAAUUUCAAAUGCAAGGAGAAACUGUACUUCGGAGAACAAGCUGAGAACAAGCUUUCACCAACUAAAUCCGAUGUUAACGAUAACGAAUUAAAUUCACAUCUUCAACAGGCUACACAACUCAUUCAGAACAAAGCUGUUAUAAGCUCCAAACAAGUGCUAAAGAGACCAAGGAAUUUCAAAAAAGGCUCUCCCACUAAAAAAGGCGUUGCGGCUAAGGGUUGUCUUGAUGGGCCCCGUUUAUGUCGUUCACUUCCUCGUCUUAGUUCAGGGUGCACCUCCAUCGAAGGGUGUUCAGAGAGUGCUAUUGCGUUUUCUCAGAGACAGAUGCAUGACAUUGAGUCUCUUGCUUCGAAGCUAAUGAGUGAAUUGAAUUCCAUGAAGACUAUUGUGGAAGAAAAAAUGCUCUAUGAAGCGUAUCGUUCCGCCUCCUUGAAAAAUGAGGCAGAUGAGGUGAAAUCAGUCAUCAAGAGUGCAACAAAAACUGAAGAAACAGCAAAAAAGUGGUUAUCUAUGAUGGCGAGGGACUGCAACCGUUUCUGCAAAAUCAUGAAACUGAAUGAGGAUCAUAAAACUUCUGCUUCCGGUGAUCCUGCGUUGGGCAACAGCAUUCCUGAGAAGCCUUUAGAAAGAGAAAAGAAGAAAAUCAGUUUUGCUGACGAAGCAGGAGGAACGCUUUGCGACAUCAAAGUUUAUGAAAUUGAACAAGUUGAACAAGAAUCGUUUCUACCGUAAAUGACGGUUGGUUUUUUAAUCUUUAUUCGUGGCGAUUUUAUGGACCGAGGAAGAAUGCAUCAAGUGGUUUAACAAUGACAAUGUAUAUUUUUGUGGUGUAGAAACUGUACCUGUGAGGUCGAUUUUAUAGCCGAAGCGGUCAUUAAGCGCUUCAAUUAUGCAAUCUAACGUUUAUUGAACAGUUAAAAGGAUGAUCAAAACU